AUGUCAAACUUUAUUUCUGCUCAUGACUUAAUUGAAACAAAUACUGUACCAAAUGCAUCAAAUGAACUCGAAAGUAUUGAUAGAACUGAAGAUAAUAUUCAACGAUAUAUAAAAAAAUCUAAGGUUAAAAACACUGCCGCUUGUACUCAAAAAUGGGUUCGAGCUUUACAAAACUAUUGUAAAAAAAAAAU